GGAGCAAAUCAGCCUGGACACAAACUGAGAGCGAAGCCCCGCUGUGACCGUGGAGACUUUGAAAAAUGACAGUUUUCACCUCAUAAUGCGGGUUUAGCGACGCCAUGCGUUUGUGACGACUCGUUCCUCCUGCAGGAAUCGUUGCAGUGUGAACGUUUAUCCCGAUUAGAGUCGUGCGUAAAAGUUUUCUCCACCAUGCGCAGCUUCUCGGAGCCGCGCGUGCCCGCGGGCGAAGUGGCGGCGCACACGUUCCCGGUCAGAGCCGGAGAUGCGGCUCUGAUUCCCGGGUCCGUCCUGAGCGGAGCUCCGCUGUUCCCCGCCGUGGCUUUCCCCCCGCGUGCGGAUCCCGUGAUUCGCACGUCUCCGCCGGGGCACUCUGCGAUUCUGUGUCGGCCUCCCGACAUUCUCGAGGGAGGGGAGAUGGAAGAGGAUCAGUGCAAGGUUUAUUUGGAGGCCAGCGACCUUUGGAGACAGUUCCACAAGUGUGGCACCGAGAUGAUCAUCACCAAAUCUGGCAGACGCAUGUUUCCGCCGUUGAAAGCCAGUUGUGUGGGCAUGGACAGGAAAGCCAAGUACAUUCUGCUCAUGGACGUCGUGGCGGCCGACGACUGCAGGUACAAGUUCCAUAACUCGCGCUGGAUGGUGGCGGGGAAGGCCGACCCGGAGAUGCCCAAACGCAUGUACAUCCACCCGGACAGUCCGGCCACGGGCGAGCAGUGGAUGUCUAAGGUGGUGAACUUCAACAAACUCAAGCUGACCAACAACAUCUCUGACAAACACGGAUUUACAAUUCUUAACUCCAUGCACAAAUACCAGCCCAGAUUCCACAUAGUGAAGGUCAAUGACGUCCUCAAACUGCCGUACAGCACAUUCAGGACGUACGUCUUCUCCGAGACGGAGUUUAUCGCCGUCACUGCUUAUCAGAAUGACAAGAUCACGCAGCUGAAAAUAGACAACAACCCUUUUGCUAAAGGAUUCCGAGACAUGGGGAACGGAAGACGAGAGAAGAGGAAACUACAACAUCUGUCAUCCAAAUCUAAGGAGAUGAGGUUGACUGACGUGAAACUUGAGGCUUAUUCAUCUCAACAAAAGUGUCCAGAUGUCCCUGAUGUCCCCGACAGUGACAGCGAGAAGAACGACGCUGCGCUGGACGAUUCUGAAGAAGCAGAGAGUCAAACCAACCCCGCGUCGCGUCUUUCCUCAACACACAGGACAGUUCAGAGGAGUCCAGACAGGACACAGACAGAAACUGAGCCGGGACAAAUCCACGUCCUCAGUCCGUUCUCUGACGGACCUCAGGACUCAGAGCGGAGACAAAAGUGCAUGUCACUCAGAGUCGGCGUCGCACACGGUUGCGUUUAUCCGGCGGAAUCGGACAAACACCCG